CGACCGCAAAAUGAGAGCCGAAGUUAGAAGAUGUCGUCGUUGUAAGAGGAAGAGAUUUGACGAUGAACCCGCAGAAGUGAUGCAAUACAAGACAUGUGCCAAGUGUCGUAUUAUAGAAAGAACAAAGAAGAAUCUGAGAAAACCCUUGGCUGAAGAAACAAUGCUUUAUGGAUUAAAGCAGUUUAGAGAACAAAGUCAAAAUGAUAAUUUCAUGGAGGAAGAAGGAUUGUUGAAUGAAGAGUAUUUCAUUCGUUUCCACAAUAAACCCUUCAACUAUGAAGCUGAAAUCAACCGAGUAUUGAGUAAUCCCGACUAUGUUCCACCUAUAAUCCAAAAGCCUAAUCUGGCUGCGCCAUUAGGAAUUCCGGCAGACACAACACCGCCAUUGAAAUAUCAAGUAAAGCCAGUCAAACAAGUUCAGAAGUUGACGAUUCCAGAAGAACCAAUUCUCCAGCACAAGGUCAAGAAGCAUGAUGUUACCUAUGUAGAAGAAAUCAAAGAUGAAGACAUUUUCGUGGAAUUGGCGGAGUUGGGGAAUGAAGAGGAAUUGGAUAAGGGUUUCAAGUACACCAAUUCCAUCAUAGAUCCUUAUGCAUAUGGGAACGUAUUUGACGAUUUCCAAAAGUAUUUACUAACCCUUCUUAAUAAAAGAAGACAUGGUGAAGAUGUUGACAAUUUAGUAUUCUUGAAAGAAUUCAAUGAUGAAUUCACCACAGACAUGUCUAAAUAUGAUGCUCAUAGUAAAGACCGUCUGGAAAUUUACUCCAACGCUAGACUUAACGAGAGGCAAAUAAGGUCACAUUUAAUUAGUAACUUGAGAGUGCUGUAUAUUGACCCAAUCAUUGCCAUUAUGGGUAUUCCAUAUAAUCAGGAAUCUUCAAAUAUUAAUGAUUUCAAAUCCACUAAUUGCAUACGAAGCUAUCAUAAUUUUAUUGCCAAUGACAAACCUACUCCCUUAUCCGAGUACAAGAAGAUAAAGAGUUCCGAGAUCUCGCUUAACUAUAACAAGAGAUAUAACUUGUUAAUUAUCAAAGUCAAUCAUGAAAUUUAUAGACCAAGCAAGAAUCACUAUUCUUCCGAGUUCAGGAAUAAGAUUGCCGAUAUUUUCAAGAAACUACAAUUUGAAAAGACAAUUCCAAAUUCUCAUUUAGCCAAUUUGAGAAUAGAUUUCAAUGUGACUACUGCCAAUUUGAUAUAUGACAAAUUGUUUUCCCUAAUGGACUUAUUUUCGGAAGAAAUGCAAGCUUUUGUCAAGAGACUAUUAAAAGAAGACUUUAUCGCUGAUUUCAUAAAUUAUGAUGAAGUAUUAAAGAUAUCCGAUGAGGAACAACAAGAAGGAGAAACGCCAAUUCCCGAAGAAGACGAGGAUGGGGAACUUCCAAGCGAGGACGAUUUGGAAGAAGUAGUGAAUGAUUCCACCAUUGUUCCAGAGAACCAUACACCCAUGACCAAAGAAUCUACUGUAGAGCUCUUGGACCCUGUACUCAAACCAGAGAAGAGAUAGUUAUGUAUAAUAAAAAUAACAUGUGUAGUAC